ACAGGCAUCUGCAGCUCGUGUGGCAGAGUCCUUAGACUUUGAGGAAGAACCCACAGCAGGAGGCUGUGGAAACCUGGGACUCUUCUGCCUUGUACUUGCCGUUGGCUCAGAAUUGAUCAAGUCUGGGUCAAACUCUGUAGCAGAUUACUACCCCUAGUUUAGAUCAGUCCAUAGAAAGUCAGAGCAAUGGCCUUGACACUGUUAGAGGAUUGGUGCAAGGGGAUGGACCUGGACCCCAGGAAGGCCCUGCUGAUUGUGGGGAUCCCCGUGGAGUGUACUGACAAUGAAAUUAAAGAGACUAUUAGGGCAAGCUUACAGCCCUUAUUCCCAUACAGGCUACUGGGAAGAAUGUUCAGAAGGGAAGACAAUGCUAAGGCAGUCCUCAUCGCACUGGGAGACACUGUCAAUUAUGCUAAGACACCCAAUCAGAUACCAGGAAAAGGAGGUGCCUGGGAAGUGGUGGUAAAACCCCGUAACCCAGAUGAUGAAUUCAUCAAUAGAUUGAGUUACUUCCUGAAGGAUGAGGGCCGGAAAAUGACAGAUGUGGCCAGUGCCCUGGGGUGUGCCCUUCCCACUGAGGACCAGGAGCCAGGCGAUGUUCCCCCAGAGAAAUCCACAGCUUCGCAGUCUGAGAAAGAAAGCAUGUGGUACAGAAAAGUCAGAAUAUUUUCAGGAAACGUCUUUCCAAGCACAGGCGAAGAGAACUUUGAAGCCUGGCUGGAGCAGGCCACUGAGGUGAUGCAGGUUUGGCAAGUGUCUGAGACAGAGAAGAUACGACGUUUGCUGGAGAGCCUCCGUGGCCCUGCCCUGUCCAUCAUGCGGGUGCUCCGGGCCACCAAUGACUCUAUGACUUCACAGCAAUUCCUGGAUGCCCUGGAGCAGAUCUUUGGGAGCAAAGAGGACUCUAGAACCGCGCAGUUUAAGUUGCUCCAUACCGUUCAGAAGAUUGGAGAGAAAAUCUCUAUGUUUUUGGUGCGCCUGGAGCACGCUGCUGCAGAAAAGCCAUGCAGCACAGCCCCACAGCAGCACAAAGCGCAGAUUUGAUUCGCCUGAAACAUGUCCUGUCUCGUACC